GCUUCGUGGACAUUACCGAUGCGGCCGUGCCGACACCCCUGGGUACACUCGGAUUUGACACGCAGCCCACUGACGUGGCCGUGACGGGUGAGCUCAAAGUUAUCAACGUCACGACGCAAACCGUCCUGCGCACCAUCGAUCUUGCAGGUACGCCCAACUCUAUAGACAUCAGCCCGGAUGAGACCUUGGCCGCCAUUACCAUCGAGGCGCCCCCACCUGGCGUCCUGGAGCGAGUGAACAUCUCCGACCCGGAUCCCAUGGCCUGGACCACUGACAUCAUUGACCUCACUGGUCUCCCAGGAGUUCUUGACCCCGACCGACCGGUGCCUGCGCAGGUGAACAUCCGCUCGGACAACGUGGCCGUCGUCACACUGCAGGAGAACAAUGCCCUCGUCUUGGUGAACCUGACGAAUGCCUCCGUGAUCACCAGUUUCUCGGCUGGCACCACGAAUAUCACCGACAUUGACAUCUUCGAGGACCGGAGAAUCAUUUUGAACUCAACCCUGACGAAUGUCAGCAGGGACCCGGACGGUGUGGUCUGGUUGGGCAAGAAGUCGGAGUUCUUCGCCACCGCGGACGAGGGAACCACCGAAGCAGGAGGCAGCCGUUCCUUUUCGGUCUUCAAUGAAGAUGGCGAGGUUGCCUUCACCUCAG